UUGUGUCUUCCACAAUCGGACCCACCUUUAGGAAUCUUGAAAUAUUUUGUAUAAGAAUCUCAGCUUCAUCGAUCAGAGGAAGAAAGAAACAGACCAUAGAAAGAAAGAGCGAGAGAUAGUAGUAAUCUUGGAGAUGAAGAGAGACCUUAGAGUGGAGGACGAGAACAUGUGUACGUCGUUGUUGACUGCAUUCGUUGUUCUCUCAAUGGCUUGUCUAAAACAUUUCUCUUCUGUUUCCUAUUUGAUCGAGCAAUGGCGUUGUUUGGUCUUUCUUAUUCUCAACGUCCUCCUCUUAGCCCUUUACUUCACAUCGACUCGUCCUGUUUCCGGCGAGACUCAUCACGAUUUCAAGACUGGUCGAGGAGGUACGUUGAGGAUGAUGCGAGGGAAGAAGAAUAAGAAGACAAGGGUAGUGGAGGAACCAGCUUGUUCCGUUUUCCUAGAACCAAAGGAAGUGAUCAAGAACUGUGUUGUGGAGGAGACGAAAAGGGUUUGUCCUGAAUUCGAGGAAACAGUGAAAGAUUGCUUGCUUCACAAGGAUCUAGUAGACUCUUAUGAAAAAGAAGAUGAAUUUGAGCCAGGGAGGUUAUCGAACGAGGAGCUGAACGAGAGAGUUGAGGCCUUCAUCACAACGUUCAGACAACAUUUGGUGCUGGAUGCACGAAGAAGUAGAGACAGAGAAACUAACCAGAAGAUGAGAUCAAAAGACUCCAACAUUAGCUUUUUAGGUCGGGAGGUCACUUGUUCUGUUUAAGAGUUCCUCUACAAUUUUUUUUUUUGUAAUGUCAUAAGAACACAAAGACUAUAUUAAAAAAUGUAGCUUCAGUAUCUUGAUAGCAUUUUCUUCUUUCGAAUUAAGGUCAUUUCCAGUUGAGCUGGCGAGAUCUCUGGUUUAGAGACUCUUUUUAUUAUUCCAUC